AUGGGCGAAGUUCGUUUGGACGGAGAUCCGAUCUCACUGAAGAGCGAGGAGGAACAGUCUGAAAUGUUGGGUCACGGGCCUCAUCCGGUCCGAAUAGUUGAAGUAGUUGAAGACGUCGAUCACUCAUUUGAGCUUAAUGUCGCGGCGUUGGAGAGCAUUUUACUCGAUCCUAAAGUAGCAGACAAGAAGGUUGCUGUUAUUGGAGUUGCUGGUGCCUACAGAAUGGGAAAAUCAUUUCUACUGAAUUUCUUCUUGCGUUACUUACAAUGGCGAGCGGAUGGGUCGGGUGAGUAG